AUGAGUUUGAAUCACCCAUCUUCGCGGGCAUCUGAGAAGCCAUCAACUAUCGUGAAAUUCUUUAAACGCCGACUGUCAAGAUCCUCCGUACAACACCCGCGACCGUUUGGGGAUCGGAGAGUUUUGCCGCAAGCUUCAGUGGUAAGUUAUCGAUUACAGAAGCUCUCACCUAUUGCUUACUAACUUCUUCACAACAAUAGACCACAAGCACGAUGGGAAAAGGCAAAGAUAAGAGAGCCAAUCGGCACGAAGAUGAAUCUUGCAGCAAUGAAGAACCCAUUGAGCCUCCUGGCCAUCCUCGUAAAGGAGAUCGAAAGGGUGAAAGCAGCACGAGCAACAGCACUCCUGCACAACCACAAGGAGGCCCUUCAAAUCAAGCAGAUUCUCAGGCGUCCUAUCAGCCAGACCAGUUUACUUUGGCGGUUCGUCAAGGACUCCCAAAACUCUCGGAAGCCAUACAGGUUCUCAAAAAUUUGGAAGUUCUCUACGCGAAGCACAAGACGGAUGUGGAGAAUAUUUCAGAAAUUCACCAGCUUUGUGAAAACCUGCAGCAAGAGUGUGAAGCCAAGGACUCUGAGAUCCUGGAUCUUGAGAGUUACACUCGAGUUCUGAUAAGGCAUGCAGAGAAGGAAAAGGAAAAGCACGAACAAGAAAUAUGCAGACUUGCUAAUGAAUCCGAAGCUCUGGAGAAGGAAAAAGCAAGUUUCAAGGGUGAGGUGGAGAAGGAGAAAAAGAGGUUGGAGAUGAGAAAAUUUGAACUAGAGAAGGAGCACGACAACAAACUCAAAGAAGCCGAGCGAGAACAGCGACAGCGUUUUGAGAAACAAAAGAAGCAUAUAGAGAAUCAGACGAAGGAGCAAGUUGCUAGAAUGGAAAGGCAGCUGAGAGCGUCUGAGUCAACUAAUAAGGAUCUGCAGGAAGGAGUCAACGAGACGGGACAAAAGCUGGCUGAGACAAUGACGGAGCUUCAACAAGUCAAAACCCGAUGCGAUGACGAAACCCGUCUCAAGGAACAUUUCAGGGAGGAUGUGAAGAAAUAUCAAGUGAGAGUAGUGGAACUACAGAAUGAGUUCCAGCUUGGAAAUAAGACACCAGAUUUCUUGUACGUAUAAUCGGGCUGCCUUGUAUCAUCAAAAUAAGUCAACUGACAAUUCCUACAGCAAGACCGAAUUCAAGAAAGUUUUCACCCAAAUUGAUACACUGGGGCUUGAGUACUUCUCAAAAUUCAAUGAAAAUGUUGUCCUCCCUGUUGCACAAUGAGAAAAUACACUAACAACUCCACAGGAAGAGGAUGAUAUUCGAAGAAUCGUGGCAACUUCGAGUUCUUCCUUCAAAUUCAUGCCUAUUUCCGACACACUGGAAUCCCAAAAGUUGCGCAUUUCUCAUGUCCAACAAGUAAUAUCUUCUGCCCUACUGAAGUCAAUCUGGAAACCGUUUGCCUCAGAGAACAGUCUUCAGAGCUCGGACUUUUGCCUUCUUGAAUCCCUCGCAGCUAGACUAGCGGUUCCUGUCAAUGGCGUAAGGAGUAAGCGAGUAUCACGUCUGUGGUCAGCACUGACAACCCGUUCUCUUUGUUCAACGGAAGCAGUCUCAUCAUCUUCAGCGGCAGCCUUGUUGUUCCAUGGUCCUACCCUGAGCUGGGCAGAACAGGUCUCCAGAGAUAUUCAUGGGGACAUCCUACCAUUUGCGGAUCCAUCGAAAGUGAUUUCACUCUACGACGAAAUUUUCAAGAUUGUCACCUCGGCCAUCGCUCUUUGGAAGGAUGUGCAGAAUGACCAAUUGGAAAUUACCAUAGAUCUGGUACUCGACCUCAGGCAGCGGGAAGACUGGAGAUCUCAACGCCUUGAUCCACAAGGUAUCGAUUUGCAACUUGAGUCCAAGAUAGCAACUCGACCAAGGGUUUUCAGAUUGUUCCCACGCAUCACGGCAUUCCCCUCUGAAAACCCAGAAAUGGAUUCCUCAAGUGAGCCUGAAGAGAUUUGUAUUCAUCCUGGUGUUGGAGUACCGGAGUCAGCUCCAUGGGUGGCUGCCGGAAGGGCAGAAGAGGAGGAUAGAGUGAGGAUAUUGGCAGAAGGUAUGGAGGAGUUGAAGAAGAGUGCGAAUGAAAGAGCAAAAAGAAGAUCUUGCAGGAGUAGAAGAGGAUCUACGACUUCAAUUGUUGGCGCCUCUAGCCCUACAUCGCUUUGGAGAAAGGAAGGAAAGAAUAUGAUUGCUGAGGAAUAA